AUGGAGGCGACUGCCUUGAGUAGUGUGGGCAAGUCCGUGCUGAGUGCUGCGCUUGGCUACGCUAAAUCUGCCCUUGCGGAGGAGGUGGCCUUGCAGCUCGGCGUCCAGCGCGACCAUGCUUUCGUUAGGGAUGAGCUCGAGAUGAUGCUGGCUUUCCUGAUGGCCGCACAUGAUGAGCGCGAUCAGCACAAGGUCGUUAAGACUUGGGUGAAGCAGGUCCGUGAGGUCGCCUAUGAUGCCGAGGACUGCCUUGAGGACUUUGCAGUUCGUCUUGGGAAGCCAUCAUGGUGGCGCAUCUUCCGCAAGCUGCUUGACCAGCGCCGUGCAGCCAAGCAGAUGAAGGAGCUCCGAGCCAAGGUUGAGGAUGUCAGCCAGAGGAACGUGCGCUACCGCCUCAUCAAGGGAUCGGACACCAAGCCUGCCAUUGGCACUGGUCAGUCCAGCAUGAUGACUGGCGAAACAAUGUCAGGCAUGGAGGAAGCAAGGAAGGAGAAGUACAAAGCAAAAGUGGAUCUCACUAGGCUAAUCAACAAGAUGGAUGAGAACCUCAGAGUGAUUGCUUUAUGGGGACCAAGAAGCUAUGUUCUGCAGGAGGCAUCUAUCAUCAAACUAGCCUACGACGACCUGAAAAGAAGGAACAAGUUUGAAUGCCAUGCCUUGAUUCAGAUCAUGCACCCCUUCAAUCCAACUGAGUUUUUGAAAAACAUAGUUAGACAAUUCUAUGUUGAUUCUCUUGAAGAAACGGCGACGACAACACAACAGGACUCUACUCCAGGGGCCCAAGAUUUGCGAAGGAUGGGGGUGAUGAGAGAAGGUGACUUGGUUGGUGCAUUCAAGAAAUAUUUGAACGAGAAGAGGUACCUCAUAGUGCUUACUGACCUAUACAAUGUUGAGGAGUGGGACCGGAUUAAGGCAUUGUUUCCCAGCAACAACAAAGGAAGCCGUCUCAUAGUGUGUGCACAUCAAGUUGAAGUUGCCAGCUUAUGUGUUGGGCCAGAGACUGUACUACCAGAUCACAAACAAUUGUGUUCUCACCAGGCACUUUAUGUUUUCUACGAGAAGGCUUCACAAGGUGCAAUAAAUUCAAUGGAUGAAGCUUCUUGCUCAAACACUAUGGACACCAUUAAUAGUAGUGAAAACUCUACAAAGGGAAAGGUGUUGACUCGUAUGGAGACAAUACUGAAUACUUUAAAGGAAUCUCAGCUCAUCGGUAGAGAGAAUGAGAAGGGACAAAUUAUAAACAUGAUUUCAAAUUGUUGUAGCCAAGAGUUUGAAGUGAUCUCUAUAUAUGGAAUGGGUGGUCUCGGAAAAACAACUUUAGUCAAACACGUGUACCAAAGCCAAGAGCUCAAUGCAAUGUUUGAGAAGCGUGCAUGUGUCACAAUCAAGCGUCCUUUCAAUCUUGGUGAGCUCCUCAAUAGCUUAGCUAUACAGAUGGGUGAUAAGAAGGGGGAAGGUGAAAAAUUGGCUAGUCUUCUAGAAGGAAAGAGCUACUUGAUUGUUCUUGACGAUAUGUCGUCCACCACAGAAUGGGAUGCUGUAGUAGAAUAUUUCCCUACAGAUGUUACAACGAGCAGGAUUAUAGUAACCACAAGGGAAGAGAAAAUUUGCAAGCAUUGUUCGAAGAAAGAGAGAAACAUACACAAGCUCGAGCUUUUGCAAGAUGAAGAUGCGAAAAAACUCUUCCUAGAAAAGGUCUUUGGGACAGUUAAAUAUUCUGAUGAACAAUACGCUGAGUUGGCAGACGAAACAAAACUGAUUUUAAAGAAGUGUAAAGGACUUCCUCUUGCAAUAGUCACAAUGGGUGGUUUCUUGGCGAAGCAACCAAAAACUCUCGCGGAGUGGAGAAAAUUUAAUGCUCAUAUUAGUGUUGAUCUAGAGAUGAAUAUGGAACUUCAGAGGAUACCAAAUGUCCUCAUUAAAAGUUAUGAAGGCUUGCCUUAUCACCUCAAGUCUUGCUUCCUAUAUUUGUCGAUCUUUCCUGAAGACUACAGCAUUAGGCGGAGACGCUUGGUGCAACGGUGGAUUGCAGAGGGUUACUCAAAUGAGGUACGUGGCAAGUCCAUGGAAGAAAUAGCUGACAACUACUUCAUGGAACUCAUUGACAGGAGCGUGAUCCUGCCACUUAGGAAACCAAUUCCUAGUGGAAAAGGAAUUUACGCUUGUCAACUCCAUGAUCUCAUGCGUGAAAUAAGCAUCUCAAAGUCAGUGGAUGAAAAUCUUGUUUUUAGACUAGAGGAGGGUAGUAGGAGCUCAAACACACGGGCCAAGGUUCGCCAUGUUGCCAUAAGUAGCAAUUGGGAGGGUGAUAAGAGUGAGUUUGAGAGUGCAGUACACUUAUCUCACGUACGGUCAUUAACAGUAUUUGGAAAGUGGAGGCCAUUUUUCCUUUGUGGGGCAUGCUGUGCGCCUAAGCUUUUGAAGGGUGUUGAAAGACUGAAUGGUAAUCCAAAUUGGCAUGACGUGUGCAGUUUCUGGUGCCACAUUGUGUUUCCUACUUUAGCAUCGAGAAGACUAAAUCCAUUUGGUGUUGUAGUGCCGAGAGGUGUUAGGAAGCUGAAAUCCCUACACACACUGGGUGUUGUGAACAUCAGAGACAAUGGAAAAGUUGUUCUACGGGACAUAAGAAAGCUCACCCAAUUGCGCAAGUUAGAUGUGACAGGCCUUAAUAAGAAGAACUGUCAAGAGCUACGUUCCACUCUUGCUGAGCUUAGCCGUCUGGAAUCCUUGUCAAUUAUAUCAAUUGAUGAGUCGGGUUUACGUGGCUGCUUGGAGGGUGUGUCCUCGCCUCCCGAAAACCUGCAGAAUCUCAAGCUGCAUGGCACUCUGGUCAAAUUGCCACAAUGGAUCGGGGGACUCCAGAGUCUUGUGAAGUUGGUGCUUGAAAAUACGAUUCUAAGGGAGGUUGAUGCCACCAUGCAAGUCCUUGGCAAGCUACCAAACUUGGCCAUCCUGCGCCUGGUGUUGCAUCCAUUCAAUGAGGGUGAAGAGCUCCGUCUGACUUUCCAUCCGGAGUCGUUCCCGAGUUUGAUGGUGCUGCACCUGUACCUCAUGAAUAACCUUGGAUCGGUGGAAUUUGAAGUAGGGGCAACGCCUAGGCUUGAGCUGCUGGUGUUUGAAUAUGCAGUAAGCGACACAACUUCCAUCUCAGGGUUAUCGUCUCUCCAGAGCCUCAAGGAAGUUGUGAUCAAGGCUUUUGACUGCAUUGAGGGAGUUAUGAUGAAGGGUUUUGACUGCAGUGAGGAACUGUUGGGAAGAGUGCAGGAUCAGGUCGCCAGGAAUCCAAAUAAGCCCGUUUUGAAGAGGGAGUGA